CCCUAUGGCUCGCGCGAGGCGGAGGCUGGGCACCGCCAUUUUGGCCGGUGGCCGUAAGAGCACGCUGUGUGGCUGAGAAGUGAAGGCAAGAACUGAUUUGGUUUCUGCGCUCCCGUCCGUAAGGGGAUCGUUUACUUCAGAAGAGCUGGAUAUUCUUUACAAUUAUGGCAGACAAAUUAACAAGAAUUGCUAUUGUCAACCAUGACAAAUGUAAACCUAAGAAAUGUCGGCAGGAAUGCAAAAAGAGUUGUCCUGUGGUUCGAAUGGGAAAAUUAUGCAUAGAGGUUACACCCCAGAGCAAAAUAGCAUGGAUUUCUGAAACUCUUUGUAUUGGUUGUGGUAUUUGUAUUAAGAAAUGCCCCUUUGGCGCCUUAUCAAUUGUCAAUUUACCAAGCAACUUGGAAAAAGAAACCACACAUCGAUAUUGUGCCAAUGCCUUCAAACUUCACAGGUUGCCUAUCCCUCGUCCAGGUGAAGUUUUGGGAUUAGUUGGAACUAAUGGUAUUGGAAAGUCAACUGCUUUAAAAAUUUUGGCUGGAAAGCAAAAGCCAAACCUUGGAAAGUAUGAUGAUCCUCCUGACUGGCAAGAGAUUUUGACUUAUUUCCGUGGAUCUGAAUUACAAAAUUACUUUACCAAGAUUCUAGAAGAUGACCUGAAAGCCAUUAUCAAACCCCAAUAUGUAGACCAGAUUCCCAAGGCUGCAAAGGGGACAGUGGGAUCUAUCUUGGACCGAAAGGAUGAAACAAAGACACAAGCAGUUGUAUGUCAACAGCUUGAUUUAACUCACCUUAAAGAACGAAAUGUUGAAGAUCUUUCAGGAGGAGAAUUGCAGAGAUUUGCUUGUGCUGUUGUUUGCAUACAGAAAGCUGAUAUUUUCAUGUUUGAUGAGCCUUCUAGUUACCUAGAUGUCAAGCAGCGUUUAAAGGCUGCUAUUACUAUACGAUCUUUAAUAAAUCCAGAUAGAUAUAUCAUUGUGGUGGAGCAUGAUCUCAGUGUAUUAGACUAUCUCUCUGACUUCAUCUGCUGUUUAUAUGGUGUACCAAGUGCUUAUGGUGUUGUCACUAUGCCUUUUAGUGUAAGAGAAGGCAUAAACAUAUUUUUGGAUGGCUAUGUUCCAACAGAAAACUUGAGAUUUAGAGAUGCAUCACUUGUUUUUAAAGUUGCCGAGACAGCAAAUGAAGAAGAAGUUAAAAAGAUGUGUAUGUAUAAAUAUCCAGGGAUGAAGAAAAAAAUGGGAGAGUUUGAGCUAGCAAUUGUAGCUGGAGAAUUUACAGAUUCUGAAAUCAUGGUAAUGCUGGGGGAAAAUGGUACGGGUAAAACAACAUUUAUCAGAAUGCUUGCUGGAAGACUUAAACCAGACGAAGGAGGAGAAGUGCCAGUUCUAAAUGUCAGUUAUAAGCCACAGAAAAUUAGUCCCAAAUCAACUGGAAGUGUUCGCCAGUUACUACAUGAAAAGAUAAGAGAUGCUUACACUCAUCCACAAUUUGUGACUGAUGUAAUGAAGCCUCUACAAAUUGAAAACAUCAUCGAUCAAGAGGUACAAACAUUAUCUGGUGGUGAACUGCAGCGAGUAGCUUUGGCCCUUUGCUUGGGCAAACCUGCUGAUGUCUACUUAAUUGAUGAACCAUCUGCAUAUUUGGAUUCUGAACAAAGACUGAUGGCAGCUCGGGUUGUCAAACGUUUCAUACUCCAUGCGAAGAAGACAGCCUUUGUUGUAGAACAUGACUUCAUCAUGGCUACCUAUUUAGCAGAUCGAGUCAUUGUUUUUGACGGUAUUCCAUCUAAGAACACAGUGGCAAACAGUCCUCAAACCCUUUUGGCUGGCAUGAAUAAAUUUUUGUCUCAACUUGAAAUUACGUUUAGAAGAGAUCCAAACAACUAUAGGCCACGAAUAAAUAAACUCAAUUCAAUUAAGGACGUAGAACAGAAGAAGAGUGGAAACUACUUUUUCUUGGAUGAUUAGAUUCACUGAGAAUAUUGAUAAGCCAUUUAUUAAAAAACACAAUUACUAUGAUUUUUGUCAUAUAAAACUUGAAUCAGGUUUUAUGCCCCACAUACUCUGGAGCUUCAAGUAGAAUGUACUUAAUGUAACAUCAAAAGCCAGUUGUGUUGUAAAUUGUAGUCUGAACACAGAAAGUACCACUUUUCUGUUCUUGAUGAUAAGGUCCUUUUGUGCAUAAUAUUCUAAAAUGAAGACACAUUUCAAGCUAUACAGAUUACCUCCAAGUUUUCAUGAUGUAUGGGAAGAUUUUCAGUAGGUGUAUUAUAUUCAUAUACCAAAUGCUGACCAGUGUUGCCCCAUUUUAAAAAUCUUGAAAAAAGUUUCUGUGCUUACCUGGUUUGCCCAGCAUGCCAGUAUAAUGAAACUGCCCUUAUUUUAAAAGCCAGUUGAACACUCCACUGGUGAGAUUUGAUAAAUAAACAUCAGGAUUAUAUUUAUUGUUUUUAGUCUUUGCACUAUAUUAUCAGUAUAUGGUUUCCAAGGAAGAUUAUCUAUUACAAAACACUGUUAGAAAAUAGGUGUUUGUUACAAAGGAAUUAUUUUUAAUGUUUUUUGGUGCUUUUAAACAUCUUUAGCAAAAAUCAUUUCAAUUUCCUCUCCCCCCCAAAAAAAUACCUUACUCUGAAUUUUUCAGUUUUUGCCUUAUAAGACUCUGUAUUAUAUAAUCAUUCUCUCAAGGUAAUGUCAUUUUUUAUCAUCCCUUUAUAUAAUCAUGGAUCAAGUUUUAGGAAAAAGCAUUUCUAAAGAGUAUUUGCUCUUCCCUUAAAACUACAGACUCACAAUCUUUAAAGAUGGUGCCUAAGCAUCUAUAUAUUUUUUAAACCUCCACAGAUUUUUCUGAUGGGCAGCCAAGGAUUGUAAAGCACUUCCGUAAAGGCAGCAUUAAUGCAGAAAUCCCCAGAUAGCAAUAUAGAAUAUCCCUUAGUACCAAAAAUAUUGUGUUCAUUUCUAAGUUUGGAUAUAAACUCAUCAAAUUUCUUGAGUUCCUUGGUUUGAACAGCAGGAUACCUGUAGCCUAAAACUACUUUCAAUUGUACUUCUGACUAAUGCAUUGAACCAGAAUUUAACUUAAUUAUGAGUGAGGAAAGAGGGUUUACUAAAUAAAUUACGGCGACAAGCAAAAUAGAGGAGAAAAUUAUAAAUUAUUUGACGGACUUUUAGAGCUCCUUGAAAUAAUAGAAGCCUUGAUUAAUAUGUAAACAGUGAAUAGAAAGUAUGGUUCAACUGGAUCCCAUUAGGCCUUUUAAAAAAAUAAUUUAUGUGAGUAACCCAUAAAUACAUGUUGUAAAAAUUCAAAUAUACAUUAAGUAUACGGAAUAAAAAAAAGGUUUCCCUUUAUA